AUGGUCCUCGCGAUUCCCACCGCCAGCCUCGAAGGCAAGGUUGCGCUCGUUACCGGCGCCGGCCGCGGAAUCGGCAAGGGCGUCGCGCUCGAGCUCGCCCGCCGCGGCGCGUCGGUGGUGGUCAACUACGUGACCUCCGCCGGGCCGGCCCAGGAAGUCGUGAAGGAGAUCGAGUCCUACAACACGGGCGCGCGCGCGAUCGCCAUCCAGGCCGACGUGUCCAAGGUCUCCGAGAUCAACCGGCUCUUCGCCGCGGCCAAGCGCGCCUUUGGCCGCCUCGAUAUCGUCAUGUCCAACAGCGGUACCGAGUCGUGGGACAAGACGGAGGAGGUGACCGAGGAGAAGUACGACCACGUGUUCAACCUCAACGCGCGCGCCCAGUUCUUCGUCGGCCAGGCCGCCUUCAAGAACCUCGAGCCGAACGGCCGGCUGAUCCUGAUGACGAGCAUCGCGGCCGGCCUGAUGGGCGUCAAGAACCACGCGCUCUACAACGCCAGCAAGAUGGCCGUGAUCGGCUUGGUCAAGGCCUUCGCCACCGACUUUGGCGUCAGGGGGAUCACGGUCAACGGGGUCGCCCCCGGCGGCAUCAAGAGCGACAUGUUCACCCAGAAUGCUUGGCACUACAUCCCGGGAGGCACGCCCGACCUGCCGGCGGAGCAGAUCGAGAAGAUGAUGGCGGAGAACUGCCCGCUUGGCCGGUGUGCGGUGCCUGAGGAUGUGGCGCGGGUCGUGGCCUUCCUGGCGAGCGAGGACGGCGGCUGGGUCAACGGCCAAGUCAUUACCAUCUCGGGCGGCUCAUCCCAGUAG